CAAUCUUCCUGUGCCGUACUAGAAGAGGAGACGCAUUGCACCAAUGAAACUGCAAUACCGGAACCAAACGCAGUGGCACAUAAGGUGCCAAGCGGUAUUCGUAUACUUGCUGUUAUUGAUUCAGAUGUGCCUCUAUCGAACGGUGGUCCCGCGGAUUUGCCACCAUGGCAUCAUCCUCCGUUACCUGCUCAUUUACCUUCUCAGCCAGAGACCCGAGGUUCUAUCGAACCGAUCAAAGAGAUGUGCAGCUUUUUCCGUAAAACCGGGGCUUGUCGUUUCGGUGCAAGUUGCUCUCGACGACAUGACUAUCCGGCACGAAAUGAUCCGACCUCGUCUGACGAUAUGGACGAGCUUGAUCCAGAACAACAACAACAAAGACAUCAAUCGCGUCUGGUGCUCCGAAUUGCUGAUAUGUUCGAACACUCUCAGUUAGGGUCAGAGACUUCUGCUCAUCGGGACCCCGAUGAUCCAGACGCUGCCUUAGAUGUCGACGAGGCUCAGCUGUUGGCCGAUUUUGCUGAAUUUUACCAGGAUGUGCACGAGGAACUUGAGGCCCGUUGGGGACGAAUUGUCACCUUGCGUACGUGUCGUAAUCAGACUGCUCAUUUACGCGGAUCCGUCUAUGUGGAAUUUGCACGAGGACCCGGUGCAGCCUGGGAUGCUGCAGAGGCGUGUCAGGGCCGUUGGUUUGCCGGACGCCAACUUUCUUGUUCAGUCGUUCGUCUAGGCGGUGGAUGGCGUGAAGCCGUUUGUGGUAAGUGA